CCCAUGUAGGAGCGCAGAGGACUGACGGGCUCCGCGUCUGUAACUGCAGAAACUCCGACCGCUCAUGAAGUUAACGGACAGAAAAGCAGACUUUUAAUGACACCUCAGAGUUUAACACGAGACACAAACUUUCAGCGGGGGCCGGUGUGGGUUGUAGACGCAGGGGUCGAAGGGAAGGAUCAACCUGGAUGUCCGGGGAGCAACGGUGAACGAGAGUUACGGGCCGUUUGUGGGUUAUUUAUGGUCGCGAGUUUGUCCCGUGGAGGAUUUCGAAGCAGCGGCUUAUUAACCAGAUGUUGAGGCUGUGAAGGCGAGACAUGCUGCUGUCUGAGAGGCUGGGAGAAGACUCUCCGAUGGCCGCAGUGCCUGGCCCCCCGCCCACGCCGGCCCCGAUGGGCCCCAACAUUUCAUGGCUCCCUGAAGCCCCGAUCCUAACCCCAGAGCAGCCCAUCUUCCUCAUGACUCCUGCAGCUCAGGCUGUGUCGGGCUUCUUCGUGUGGACGGCGCUCAUCCUCACCUGUCACCAGAUCUACAUGCAUCUACGCUUUUACAGCUCGCCCAAGGAGCAGCGCCACAUCGUGAGGAUCCUCUUCAUCGUCCCCAUCUAUGCCUUUGACUCCUGGCUCAGCCUCCUCUUCUUCACCAACGACCAGUACUACGUGUACUUUGACACCGUCAGGGACUGCUACGAGGCCUUUGUGAUAUACAACUUCCUGAGUCUGUGCUACGAGUACCUCGGAGGAGAGAGCGCCAUCAUGGCUGAGAUCCGAGGGAAACCCAUCGAGUCCAGCUGUAUGUACGGCACCUGCUGUCUGAGGGGGAAGGCCUACUCCAUCGGCUUCCUGCGUUUCUGCAAGCAGGCCACUCUGCAGUUCUGCGUGGUCAAACCGCUCAUGGCCGCGGUCACCGUCGUCCUGCAGGCCUACGGCAAAUACAAGGACGGAGACUUCGAUGUUGCCAGUGGUUACUUGUACGUCAGCAUCGUCUACAACAUCUCCGUCAGCCUGUCUCUGUACGCCCUGUUCCUCUUCUACUUCUCCACGAAGGAGCUGCUGAGCCCGUACAGCCCCAUGCUCAAGUUCCUCAUGGUCAAGUCGGUCAUCUUCCUCUCCUUCUGGCAGGGCAUGCUGCUGGCCAUCCUGGAGAAGUCCGGCGCCAUCCCUCAGUUCAACUCGCUGGAGCUGUCCCUCGGCGAGGGCACGGUCGCCGCCGGUUACCAGAACUUCAUCAUCUGCAUCGAGAUGUUCUUCGCAGCGCUGGCCCUGCGACACGCCUUCACCUACAAGGUGUACAUGGACAAGAGCCUGGAUUCACAAGGACCUGUUCUGAAAUACGGAGAGUUUGGCCGCCGCGCCCCGAUGAAGAGCAUCUCCAGCAGCCUGAAGGAGACCAUGAACCCGGGCGACAUGGUCCAAGACGCCAUCCACAACUUCUCGCCGGCCUACCAGCAGUACACCCAGCAGUCGACGCUGGAGCAGGGGGCGCCGCCGGCCGUCUCCCGCACGCAGAGCGCCGUCAGCGCCCGCGGCGACACGGAGAAGACGCUCCUGCUCAGCUCUGAUGACGAGUUUUAAAACGGCACAAGCAGGCCGUGGUCGUAUCGCAGCUGAAUCUCAUUCAGACUGAGGUUUUAAUGGCGGAUGGUACUGGGUCCUCCUGUGCAGCAGGUCCUCUGUAGUGUGUGAUUGAUGGAGUCAUGUGUUUUGUUUUUACUUGUUUUUGGGAACUGCUAAUGAACUUAAGGACAUUGUUGCGUACACAUUUCCGUAGCCACACCUCCCGAGCAUUUGAUUUGGUUGGAAUUCUCUGAGCUGAUUUUGUGUUAAAACCACCGGCCACAAAAUACACAGGGUUGAUUUUGAUUCACACUUAUAUAUUUGACCUCAAAACAGAAGCUUGGAGAAGUUUAACUGCACAUUUCAGCUCCGUCUCGUUUUCCUUCUGUCAGAUGUGUUCAAAGAGGUUUUCUGGUUUUACUUCAGUCAUGAAAAUACUUGAAUUGUUGAGGAUUUUUUUAAAAGGGAAAUGGAAAAUAUUAAAGUUAUAAAAGUUUAGAACUUUUACUUUGAUAAACUCAAAGAAUAUUUAGAUAUUAAUUGACAUGAACAUGAUAAAUAAGUUGCUUUGCAAAUUUAUAUUUAUGUGCUUCAAACAGAAGCUGUGGCCAUUGUUGUGGCAUUAACGUUACGUAUGAUAUACAAUUAAUGAAAUGUGAUUGUGUGUUUUUUUUGGGGGAUUUUAAGGGACGUCCUUCACUGCAGUGAGGGAUCGGAUUUAGAGGGAAACUUGGUCGGAAACAUGGAUCAAUUUUGAUAUUGAUAUUGGAACAGAUAAGAGUGAGGCAGAGCAGAUUAUAGAUUAAACAGUGCAUCUGCUCCAGUGGGCAGCAAGAGUGAAGGGCAGCAGCAGCAGCAGCAGGGGCGUAAUUGAGACGUUAUUUGAACGGCAGGGAUUAAAGCUUGAGCUGGUUCCCUCAGACAGUCGACCUCUGCAGGUCACCAUGUAGGUUAACAGGAUCAAGGGGGAAACAGGAGGAUUGUAGGGUAACGCUAGCUUCAGCUGCUUGUUCUCCAUAGAGGAACAACAUUAUAGGAACUGGAUAUUUCACCGUCCUUCACAUUUAGUGCAAGAGGGGAUUGAGCUGUGGUAACGAGGUCCCACAGUUAAACGUGCUCAACCAUUUGAGAUUGAGACUUUACUGGCCAGUGUUGACAUCACCAGAAUCUUUAACAUCCCCUGGAGAGCAACAAGAUGCAAAAGAUAAAACUUCCUUUUUGAUAUCUUCAAAUUUACUAAAUAGCUAGACAUGUUUAAACAGACACUAAUAACGCUCAUACACAGAGUCCCCUCUGGGAUAUUUGGGUAAAAGUAUAAGUCAUUGUUUUGCCCCAAAUGUCACCAGGGGCUUUCGUAUGUUUGAGUUAUUGAGUUGGAAGUUUUAAAAAAAAUCCCCCAACAUGUCAACCUGAUACUUCUGACUGGGUAUGUAAGAAUUUCUCUAAUCUGUCCACAUGAAGUGAGUGUUCUGUGUUUGUCCUGACCCUCCCACUGUGGUGACCUCUUAGUUUGCCAGGAAAGCUUCAGUAUUUUAUGUUGUUUUUGCCCUUUAGCUUCACAAUUAUUUUUUUGCACAUUAUAUUGUUCUUAUUGAGGAGAGUGGAUAUAUUCAAAAGCUAGAAAGACACACAAACGGGCAAAUCUGAUGUCACACAGUCAAUAUAACAGUUAAAAAUAUGCAUGAACUUGUGUCUCUUUUUUUCUGCUGCUUUUACUUUCAGUCCUCUUUUCUUUUUUUUCAUUUAAUUUCACCGAAGUCAGAGUGGGUUAUUUUUUAACUCAUAAUUUGAGGUCUUGACUCAUCUGAAUGAGUCAUAGCAAGUCUGCCGACGUGUUUACUGUCACUACUUUCACUGCUCGGCUGUAGCUCUGUAUGAACACCAGGGGGCUGUGUGGAGUAGACAGGAACACAGCCACUCUUAUCGAAACUCUAAGCUUAGUUCAUGUACAGCAGAAGAAAGAAAAGCUUUGUCUGAUGGCCAGUCUUUUACUUUCAUUUCUGAUCAUUACUGUGUGUGUGUUUUCAGCUGAGGCUCAGGUCUCAGACAGUGGGCAUUGGUCCUUUUUUAUUUCUACUUCUAUUUGACAUAAUAUUAGUUUUAAAUCAGAGCGGUGCCACGUUUGUGUGAGUGAGCCAGAGCCCAAUGUUUUAAGCAUUGCUCAGUGCUUUUUUUGGAGGUUACUGCUUUUAUUACGCCCUUUUGGGAGUUAAAACGUUGAACAUUAAAGAUACAGAUUUAUUUAUGUGCUUCUUUAUGUUUUGACACAAAUAUUUUCCUCUGCUCUUUCCUAUCAUGGUAGAAAUAAUGAUACAAACCAAUUAGAUGCAAGUUGUGUAUGUUGCACUGCAGCUGCUAAAGGCAAUACAGACACUUUGAACGCCAUACUCGCUCUCACCAGACGAACACAUGAGCAUCGCUGAGAACACGCACUCGAUCUUUGUUGUAAAUACACUUGUUAGUGCAGCAUGUUGAAAAACGGGAGAAACAAAGUCCAAGUUUUGUAUUUUUAUUUCAGAACUGUGUUUUUAUUUGAGCAAUUUGUUGAAUUUUGGUUUCUAGUUCUUUGUAAAUAUAAAAGCUGCUCAUGAUGUUACUAUGUCAUGUCUAAUGGAUGAAUAUUGGAAGAAAUAAUAAAUGAUAUUUAGUCUGG